AUGAGCAAAAUAAUUCAGCAGAUAUUUGAGGACUACAACCGGUCCAGGACGCAGUUCACCCAGAGCAUAUACGACAUGUGUCUAAAGGCACACAACAUGGAGAUAAUAAUCAGCACGGAUAUCAUAAUUAUGAUUCGGCCACUGAUCCUUGACAAAGUUCCAAUCGUCCAGCAGAAUGCCACUCAGAUAUUAGCCAAAAUGGCUAGUCACUCGGAGGAAGUGGCUCUCACGAUUUUACAAAAUGAUGUCUUACCACAUCUAGUCUACUGUCUAAAGCAUGAAAAUAAGAAUUAUCGAAAAAAUUGUGCCAAUACAUUGAAGUGUCUAGCUAGCCAUAAUGCCAAGCUAGCCAAUUUAGUAGCGGAGGAGGAAAACUGUAUUGAUAAUCUUAUGGAUUCUUUGGACGAAUAUGACAUUAGAUUGAAGGAGGCAUGUAUAAAUGCACUUUGCGCGAUCGUGAAGAAUGACGUGGAUUUGUCCAACAAACUGAUGGCAAAGGGGAUCAUCCCUUUGGUGAUUCUCUCCCUACAGGAGAAGGAUACAAACCUAGUGAGGAGUUCAUUAAACAUAUUAACAGAGCUGAGUAAGCAGACCAACGAGAUCGCUAAGGAGGUGGUCGAUAAUAAUGCUCUUCCGCAUCUGAUAAAAUUCUUAGAACACACAGAUGUGCAGGUAAAACGUCAUGCGUGUAACUGCCUCGCUCAAAUCGCAAAACAUAAAGAAGACUUAACUGAACUUAUAAUUGAAAAUGACGUGUUUCCAAGAAUCAUUUACCUCCUAAACGAUAGUGACGAUGUGGUAAAAAAGAACUGUGCCAAUUGUUUAAAAGAAAUGAGUAAGCAUAAUGAAGAUAUUUGUAAGAUUAUUACCCGUGCAGGUAGUCUUCCCUUCCUAUGUGAAUGCAUUGAAAAGACCUCUCGGGGUAGUGUCCGACUGCCCGCUAUCCUAUGUAUAGGCUUCAUUGCGUCCUUUUCCGAAUCGCUAAGCUUAAAUAUCAUUUUAUCAAAUGCUAUUCCUAUUUUAAAGAAAUGCCUAAUUGAAGAAACGGAGGAUUACAUCAAAGCUGCAUGCGUCUGGACGGUUGGAAAUAUCGGGAAACACUCUUCCUCUCAUGCUAGCAAGCUAUCCGAUGAGAACCUCCUAAUCAUUUUAGUAAAUCUGUACAAUGCGAAUGACUCCUCGGAUGAUUUGAAAAAGAAAGUGAAACUCUCCUUCAAGAGCGUCAUUCAGAAGGUCAUCGAUUUGGAGUCCCUAGAACCCGUUUUCCUCAAAGCGACGGCUAAGCUAGCCAAAUACUGCAUCUGUCAGUUCGCAAAAAUUAUCCCCAAGAAUCCCACCUAUAAGAAGUCCUUCAUCAAGUCGGGCUGCUUGAAGUACCUGCAGGAAAUAAAGAACUCCGAGGAGGCCAAGAAAAUCGAAAUGGAGAUCAACACCAUCAACAAGUCCUUCCCAGAAGAUAUCAUCAACUAUUACACCCCUGGCUACUCAGAGACGUUAAUAAAGAGGAUUGACCAGGCGGGGAAAAGUUAA